AUGAGAGUGGCUCAGAGUCAUCAGAAGAGCUAUGCAGAUAAUUGUCAUCGCCAAUUGGAGUUUGAAGUUAGGGAUAAGGUAUUCUUGAGAAUUGCACCAAUGAGAGGGGUCAUGAGAUUUAUAAAGAAGGGCAAGUUGAGUACUAGAUAUGUCGGACUCUUUGAUAUUCUUGAUCGGAUUGGCCCAAUGGUUUACAUGGUAGCCCUACCACUAGCACUCUCAAGGGUAUAUGAUGUUUUUCAUGUAUCUAUACUGAGGAAGUAUAUACCCGACCCCACCCACGUUAUUGACUACAAACCACUUCUACUUCAAGAAAAUCUGACUUAUACGGAAGAGCCAGUGCAGAUUGUAGAGAGAAAAGAACAAGUGCUACGGAAUCAAACCAUCCCCUUAGUUAAAGUGGUAUGGAAUAAUCAUGUUAUAAGGGAAGCCUCUUGGGAAUUAGAAGAUGAGAUGCGAGUAAUGGGAAGAGAUGAACUUAGCAAGGGGAAGAGGGAGGUCUGA